AAUCAUGUGUAUAUAUAUACGAUCAUUUCUGCAUUCUAGCUCCAACAUCCAAACCAAUUAUUAUUCUACAUUGCUUCUUUCCUUUUCUAUCACCUUUUCAAGCUACUAAGCACUCAAGAAAAAGCCUAAAUAUGCCUACACUGGUAACCGAAGAAUCUCAAUCCCAAAUUACCAACUUGAAGCCCAUUUUUUGUGCUUCAGGAGUGAAAGGCAACAAAGUUACAACUUUGUCCUCAGAGGUUACUAUCUCAGAUUUCAUUCAAUCCAUUAUUAAAACCAAACCAACUGAAAAUGACUCGCCAUUUAGUGUUCUUGAUUUAAGGGUCAUAAUUGAUCUUAUGAACAAAUGGACCACAGAACUUCCAACGGUUAAGCCGUUUUAUGCCGUUAAGUGUAACCCUAAUAUUUCACUUAUAGGCACACUAGCUUCACUCGGCUCCAAUUUUGACUGCGCCAGCCGUGCCGAAAUUGAAUCUGUUUUAUCACUUGGCGUUUCACCCGACAAGAUCAUUUAUGCCAACCCGUGUAAAUCAGAGUCACACAUUAAGUAUGCCGCAAGUGUUGGCGUAAAUGUUACAACUUUCGACUGCGCUGGAGAAGUCGAAAAAAUUAAAAAAUGGCACCCAAAAUGUGAGCUCCUCCUCCGUAUUAAACCGGAGGAAGACAGCGGAGCACGUUCGUGUUUGGGUCUCAAAUAUGGCGCGCUUCAUAACGAAGUUCCCGAGCUUCUCAAGGCAGCUGACAUGGCUGGACUUAAAGUAACCGGCGUGUCUUUUCACAUAGGCAGUGGAGGAGCCGACGCAAAAGCCUACCACGGAGCCAUAUUAUUGGCUAAAGAAGUUUUUGAAACGGCUUCACGGCUUGGAAUGCCAAAAAUGAAAAUUCUUGAUAUUGGUGGUGGGUUCACUUCUGGCUCCAAAUUUGAUGAAGCUGCAUUCAACGUGAACGAUGCAAUAAAAACACAUUUCGGAAAUGAUGAAGAUCUUGUUGUUAUUGGUGAACCUGGUCGUUACUUUGCGGAAACGGCAUUUACGUUAGCAACAAAAGUUAUUGGGAAACGUGUGAGAGGUGAAAUGAGAGAGUAUUGGAUCGAUGAUGGAAUUUACGGAACUCUUAAUAACAUUGUGUUUGAUUAUGCUAUUGUCAAAUGCAUGCCACUUAGGUUUGGUUCAAAACCUGAGAAUGUUAUAUGCAAAGAUCCUAAAACUUACCCUUCAACGGUUUUUGGACCCACUUGUGAUUCAGUUGAUACGGUUCUUAAAGAGUAUGAGUUACCUGAACUUAAGGUGAAUGAUUGGCUUGUGUUUCCAAAUAUGGGUGCUUAUACAACUUCUUCUGGAACCAAUUUCAAUGGGUUUAGCUCCUCAGCUGAGCAUAUUCACAUUGCAUGUUCAACUCCAAGUCUUGUCGGGCGUUAACAAAUUAUGUAUCCCCUCUCACGUGAUGUUGCAAUAUUGCUUUGUUUUGUUUAUCUUUUAUUUUGUUUUGGGAAACCCGAUCAAUAAUAGAGGGCACUAGGCAGGCAUGGGAGGUAGGGAGUGGAACGAGUCAUUUUUUCUUCUAAUAAACCCUUUCAGUUUCCUUAUUUGGUAAUAUUGUACCUACCAAAGGACUACGUGCUGAUAUUUAUUUGGUGUCGUUUCUUUAUUUGUGGCAAUGCACUUAUUUUUUACUUUUUUA